AUGGACUACGACCCAGAUGGCGGCGCAAUCAACGUGCGCUUCCUCCAGGCCGACAGCCAGCGCGCCAACUUCAUCGUCCAGAACUUCAAUCUCGAAACCGCAAACUCGCUCCGCCGUGUGAUGCUCGCCGAGAUUCCCACCCUAGCCAUCGACGUCGUAGAAGUGUUCGACAACACAUCCGUCCUCGCUGACGAGUUCGUCUGCCACCGUCUCGGCCUCAUCCCUCUGUGCUCCAAAGGCGUAGAAGAGCUGCUGUACUCGCGCGACUGCGACUGCGAAGGCUACUGCGACAAUUGCGCCGUCGUUCUCACCCUCAACGCGAAAUGCACAGGAAGCGAGAUUAUGAAGGUGUACGCGCGGGAUCUGGUGAUUGAAUCUCGGGCGCCAAACGAAGAGUUGGGGAAGCCGGUCAUCACUGAUUCAGAAGAGACGGGUAGUUGCAUUGUCAAGUUGAGGAGAGGCCAGGCGAUCAACAUGAAGUGCAUUGCGAAGAAGGGUAUUGCAAAGGAACACGCGAAAUGGGCGCCUAGUGCAGCCAUCGGCUUCGAGUACGAUCCGGCGAAUAAGCUGCAUCACUUGGACUACUGGCACGAGGAGGACGCGGACAAGGAGUGGCCCAAGGACGAAGCCCGCAUAAACCUCGACGGCGGACCUCCCAACCCCGACGAGCCCUUCAACUACGACGCUGCCCCAACACGCUUCUUCUACGAUGUCGAAACAGUCGGUGGUCUCGAACCCGACGAAAUCGUUACACAAGGCAUCGCCAUCCUACAACGCAAACUCGCCGAGAUCAUCAAAGAAUUGUCUGGUGGCGUUGGAGGCCCAGAGGACUUUGGCGGUGCGCAGAGUCCAACACUGAACGGUGCUGGAUAUGGUGAUGCGGGCGGAUAUACUCCUGUUGGGGGAGGCGGAUACGGAGGAGCGAGCUCGUGGGGCGGUGCGGCACAAGGAGGAACCACACCAUAUGGAGCUACGCCUUACGGGCAGUCCAAUUGGUAG